AUGCCGAACGCCUCCCGCCCCGACGACACACCCUGGCCUGCGGCCUGGCGGGAGGUCUACCCCGAGCUCAAGAAGAUCGCGCGUGCGCGACUGCAUGCCGCCGGUCCGCAGGCGGGGCUCAACACCACGGCGCUGGUCAACGAGAGUUAUCUGCGCCUGUCGCAGCGGCUGGGCCAGGUGGACUUCGCCAGCAUCGGCCACUUCUACGCCUACGCCGCGCAGGUGAUGCGCUCGGUCAUCGUGGACGAGCUGCGCGAGCGCCGGGCCGACCGCCGCGGCGGCGGUGCCGACCACGUCACGCUGGACACGCACGUGGCCGGCCAACUGGUGACGGACGACGACGAAGCCCUGCAGGGUGCCCGGGCCGUUGGCGGGCAGCAGCACGCGAAACCAGCCGUAGUGCACGGUGUCGUCGUCGCUGUCGAACAUCAAGGCACCUUCGUUGCGAAACCGGAAGCCGACCAGCAGCGAGGUCUGACCGGCCGGCACAUCGGCGAUGGGCAACACGGUGAAGCUGCGGCCCGGGCCGAUCAGCUCGCCCUCCGCGAGGUUCAAGGAACCGGCGGCGUCGACGACAAAGCCCCGGGCACUGGCCGGCACGAUCUUCGGCUGCCCGGUUUGGUUCGAUGUCAGGAGCGACCAGCCCGGGUCCCGGUACACGUUGAAGUCGAAGGCAUAGGCCGGAUCGAAGGUCGCCGGGUAGCUGUGCGGGCCGGCGUAGAGCUCGCCCUUCACGACAUUGACGUAGAGCCCGAUCGUGUCGGGCGGGAUGGCGGCAUUGAGCACGCCGCUGUAGUGCACGUCGGCGUGUGCGCCCGGGCUGGCGGCGACCAGCGCGGUGGCGGCCGCCCAGGCGGCCAGCAGGCGCGGCCAACGGGUGCAGGCGCGGGGGGAUGA